UACUUGCGUAGUUUCUUUGCUUCUUAUUUCUGUCUGCUACUGCAAUUAGUAGCAGCCUGUGGCUGUAGCCAUCCAUCGAUCAGAAAGAAAGCUUUGAUUGCAAGAUGGUUGAAGUCGACGAAAACGACCAGUACUCCCAUCCUUUGAUCGAAGAUGCUGCUGCUGCUGCUUCAUCUUCUUCUUCUUCAGAUGCUCACACUUCCCUCAAAAGAACAGGGACGGUAUGGACAGCAAUUGCCCAUAUAAUUACUGGAGUGAUCGGGUCAGGAGUGCUGUCUCUGGCAUGGAGUGUGGCUCAGCUUGGCUGGAUUGGAGGUCCUCUUUCCAUGGUCAUUUUUGGGAUAAUCACUAUCAUAUCCUCGAACCUUCUCUGUGACUGCUACAGAUAUCCUCAUCCUGUGGUGGGGCACGUCAGAAACAAGUCAUAUGCUCAAGCUGUCAAGUCCUAUCUAGGUGAGAAGAGUAUGUGGAUUGCUGGAAUUUUCCUUCAAGAAAGCUAUUAUGGUUAUGGGAUUGCUUACACCAUCACAGCAGCCAUCAGCAUGAGGGCCAUUCUGAAAUCGAAUUGCUACCACAACGAAGGUCACGAUGCGCCGUGCGAGUACGGAGACAGUUUGUUCAUGCUGUUGUUUGGAGCUGUUCAGAUCAUUUUUUCUCAGAUACCCGACUUCCAUAACAUGGAGAUCCUUUCAAUAGUCGCCGCUGUAAUGUCCUUCGCCUAUACCUUCAUCGGGCUUGCUCUCGGAUUCGCAAAAGUAGUAGAAAAUGGCGUUGUCCAGGGUAGCCUCACCGGAGCGCCAGCAGCUACGGCUGUUCAAAAAGUUUGGCUGUCGUCGCAAGCAAUCGGAGACAUUGCAUUCGCUUUCACUUACAACAUAAUUCUUUUGGACAUUCAGGAUACUCUGAAGUCACCUCCUCCCGAAAACAAGACUAUGAAAAAGGCAUCGACCGCGGCUAUACUUAUCACCAGCUUCUUCUUCCUCUGCUGUGGAUGUUUCGGUUACGCAGCUUUCGGAAGCCAAGCGCCGGGAAAUCUAUUAACGGGCUUCGGAUUUUACGAACCUUACUGGCUCAUCGACCUCGCGAACGCAUGCAUUGUUCUUCACCUUGUGGGAGGGUAUCAGAUAUACAGCCAACCAUUGUUUGCUGUGGCCGAGAGACAGAUAGAAAAAAAGUUUCCCGACAGCGGAUUCGUGCACCACGAGUACGUAAUUAAGCUCCCGUUUCUACCUUCUUUCAAGCUGAGCCUUCUGCGGCUGAGCUUCAGAACUGUUUACGUCGCAUCAACGACUGGACUCGCGAUACUCUUCCCUUACUUCAACGAGGUUUUAGGAGUUCUCGGGGCGUUGAAUUUUUGGCCUCUGGCGAUAUACUUCCCUGUGGAAAUGUACUUUGCACAGAACAAGGUAAGAGCUUGGACAAGUACAUGGAUGGUUCUUCAGGCUUUCAGAUUAUUCUGUUUGAUUGUCACAAUUCUGGCGCUCAUCGGAUCUGUCGAAGGACUUUUGAGCAACAGAUUGAGCUAGGAAUGUGAUUUCCACUCAACUUUGAAAUGGAUUUGUUUCCAUUGUUGUUGUAA